AGCUGUGUGGAGGUGUGUGUAGUCAGAGAGUGUUUGCAGCAGACACAGACAGUGAGUGGGGCUGUCUACUGGCUGAGGAGCUUUUUUAAUCUCUCACAGGUAACUAACCAAACCAGCAGCAGACUUUGGAAUUUGGAACGGCUCACUGGGCACUUACGCAGGACGAGUGCAGGCUGCAGAGUCCAGAGAGUGGUGCUUGCUUUUUUCGCCCCAGAACUGUAAGUGGAAUCAGUGUACCUGAAACUGAUAUGCCAACUGAAAUCUCUCACGCCGUAAGAAUGCAUGCCAUCUCGGACUUCCAUUCCUCCCUGACAGUGCGACUCCUCAACAAGGGGCCAGAAUACCUUCGCAGACAGAUGGAGGCAGGCACCCCAGGCAGGAAAAGUGCUGUGGAAAGACUGGCAGCUGAUAAGGCCAAGUAUGUAAAAAGUCAGCAUGUAAUCAGCACUAAGCAGGAACCCGUCACUGUGCUCAGCUCAGCCUCAGAAAGCAGCAGUGAGAGCUGCUCAGUGAAAAGCAAAAAAACCAACGGGGACUUUGGUGGAGUGAAAGGCAGCAAAAACUUGGAGCUGGCUAACGCAAUGUGUUCCUGCAGUGCUCCCCUGGAACAGGAUCCACCCAUAGUGAGGCGCAGCAUCACCAAGAGGCAGGUACGGCCCGAUUCCCUAGUGAUCUACCGUCAGAAAUGUGAGCUGGUGAAAGGCCAAAGCAGUGAGCGGUCACGAGGGAGCCUGGUGAGGCGACUGUUCCAGGGACCUAUGAAGGAAAAGCUGCUGGCUUCCCCAGAGAUGCCCAAAGUAAUAGGAGAGGGCCUCUCACCAGAAAGCGAAGAGACGGUGUUUACCAAACAUGCAGCCAAUGAGCUGAACAGCCAUUUGGCUGAGUGCGUUGCCCCUACACACACAGAAGCACCAGCUGUUCCUGAGAGUGAGGACUCCUCACAACUGACAGCUGCACCUCUUGAGGUCAAGGACAGGAGGAGGAAAGGGCUGCAUCGCUCCCAGUCGGAUAUCAGUUCUCGGUAUUCCAAGUCUUUCUCUGAGUUUGACACUUUCUUUAAGUACUGUGGCCUCGAACAGGAGAUUGUCGAGGACCUGGGCAAGGACAACUUCUCUGUGAUUUCUGACAACAUCUCCUUCAGGAUCCGCAGCAUCAGCAUGGCGACAUCCGAGAGUGAUUUCACGAGGCACAGUGGGGAUGAUGGGCUGUUGGAAGAGGAACUGACUGAGCAGGUCCCCAGCACUACGUCAGUGAUUGAGCGCAAUGCUCGGAUAAUCAAAUGGCUGUACACUUGUAAGAAAGCCAAGGAGACUAACAAGGUACUGCGAGAAUUUGCAUGAAGGCAGCUCCUUUCGGCUUCCAUUACAGCCUGGUAAACUCAAGAAUGAAAACAUUCCCUGAGCUGGCUGAUGACUAAACAGGACACAGACAGACCCAAGCAAAAUCGUCUAUCGUCUGACUUAUGACAACUCAGUGCAAUUUUGUCAGCUUCUUGUUGCCCUCUCCACCCAUCUGCAGGUCCACUCUUUGUCACAAGCAUGUGUUCAUACAGAAGUACAACAGCAAGAGGAAGUUACAAACUGAGGCGAAGGGCAAGUAAAGCUUCUGGAAGAGCAGAAGCAGGUUUAGGUGCUAAAAUAUAGGGUAAUAACCACCAAGAGGACAAUGCACCAGGUUGUCAUCCUAAAUGUGAGCAAAGGUUGGUGAGGCAUGUCUGGCUCCGACAGAUGGCAAACCUAUCAGCAAGACUGGGGGAGGAGAAAGUGGGAACUAAGUGGCAAUGACCUCUGGGUCAGGCAUUUCUUGUCAUGGAGGCUCCAGCUACAUUUCUGAAGCGUGUAUUAACAGGACUUUAAAUCUGGCUCCCACAGACGUGAUUUCAGAACACUCUGUCUGGCUAGUGACAGUGGACCAAGCAUGACAGUUUUAUAAACAGUAUUUAAAGCCAGCUGUACAACAGCUUCCUUCUUAGGCCUUGUCUAGAUUGAGGUUUAAGAUAAACUAGAGAAACAUUCUCCAGCUAGACCAGGCUGGUUAGCCAAUGGGGGACAGAUAACUAAAAUCAGGUUUCACACAUGGUCUUGGGCAUAGUUCCAAAGCAUAGCUAUGACACUGGGAAAGUCAAUCCACAUUCCAUAUUGCACAGGACUCUGCUAGAACAGCACUCCAUCAUGGGAAAAUGUGUGGGCUAGGUUGGCUGUUAGGCUCUUUUUAUACUUUACCUUGGAUCCUGCUAGCACGCUUGUCUGUAAACUAGCACAUUUAUAUUUGUACUAAGGAUGACCAACAUGUUUAUUGACUUGUAUUAGUGAAUAUUAUCACAGCAUAUAUAACGCUAAGGCUGGUUAGCCUGAAUCUAAAAUUAUAAUGCAGAAGGGACAAUGCUAACAAUAAACCAUGUUAGGAUGCAACCUGCACAAAUAUGUACUGAGAUUAUUAGACUUGUAGUGCAGACAGCACCAUGCUAACGUAAUUGUUAGAACAACUACACCUAUUUUGCGAUAGGCAAGCAAACCUUAUUUAAACUGUUUAAACACUGUUUUAAAAUAGUUUGUGGAUGUAAAGGUGAAUUUAUGACCUUAGCUAUCCCUCAGAUUCUUAUCUCAGUCAGUCGUUAGUUACAAGAAAAUGACUUUCCCUUAGUUAUUUCUUCUUGAUAUCAUAAAUCACAACAAAUGGGGAGAGAGAAAUGAAGUAGAAAAGACAUUCUGGUCAUAGUUAUAGGCCUGUCAAUCUGGAAUAAUUGCACUGAUAAAAGAUAGAUCAGAAUCUGGCCCUAUAUUUUGGUGUGCUGAAGGGUUAAAAGUUGAAUUGCAGGUUACCAUGGCUCUAGUGUUUUGUGUAGAGUACUGGACAUUACCUAGCUGUCAGACCUGUACUGUAACAAGUACGGGAAAAUGAAAUUCCAUUCUCAACAUUCCAUUGGUGUUAUACAGAGAACGUAGCCAAUUAGCCCUUUCCAGUGAUUAUCUGCACCCAACAAAUAUUUCUGGACACAGGAAUAGAGGAGAUGGAAUGAGCAUCAGCUCAGCACUUUUUACAUCUUAGUAAAAAACUUAGCCUUGUAACACAUCUAUGAGAGAGAAGAGAAGGACUAGCUGAGGGCAUUUUUAUGGAGUAUUCACUAUAGCCACAAGAAUCAAGUAUUGCCUAUUUUAAUUUAUUCAAACAUGUUGAGCCAAAAACUGCACUUAAGUGCUAUUUAAUUUUUUUCCAUCGGCUUUAAAUUCACAAUAGACUUAUGAGUCAGGCGAACCUUAUUUAAUUAAGGAAAAUACAUGCCUGUCACCGAUUCUCAGCCACAGUAGACAUUUGAGAAUGCAGGGCAUUUGGCCAUAUUGGUUUACUGUUACUUCACUUAAGUUGUCAUAUAUAAAAAAAUAACAUUUUCAAAUAAAGUAUUUAUUAAAGGUACUUUCAGCAGCAGAAACUGAAAUGUUUGUAUUAAUGAGACAGAAAGUUUAAGGGAAGAAGAAACAACCGGAUCAACUGUGACCAUCUUUUUAUCACAAUCACCAGCACUUGCUCACCAAACCCAAUAACCACAGUUUUAGUGAAAUAUUGCCAUUUACAGGAGAAUACACAGACCAAGGAGCCCCAAAGAGCUACUAUAUACUUAGAGAUUAGCACUUUAAGGUGUUCAGAACAAAUAAUCUAAUUUUCCAUUUUAGUAGAUUUGUUACAUCAUCAAUCAAGAAUGAUACACCAUAAAUGAUACUAUGGUAAGGUUCUCUGCUGAUGUGCAGUUGUUUACAGGGAGACUGUAAAGAUUGGUAAGUCAGCAAUGUGACCCAUUGUAUUCUUCUGCUCACUUUUCAAAUUACUGAAUGUGGAAUUAAUUAUAUGCUUUUGUCAAAAGAACUGAAUGGUUUACUGGAAAAUAUGAGUGAACCACUAUAGGCAGCUCAGAACUCAUAAGAAACCUGACAGAUACAAACCAGUAAACUAAUGCAAUUCAGGGGGAGGAGGAAGCUUUUAGAAAGGUUUCUGGUUUCACUUUCAAGGAUCCAUUUGGUCUCUAUCAGAGAUAGUACUAUUGAGAUAUAUUGUCCAAUGACUUUAAAUGAUACGACUGGAUAUAUAAGGGUAUGUCUACACUAGCUCAUUAAUUCGAGCUAGGCAGGAAAAUCAGGGAAACGGGGUUGCAAAUGAAGCCCGGAAUUUAAAUAUCCCGGGCUUUAUUUGCAUGUUCCCGUCCGGCCACCAUUUUUAAAUCCCCUUUAGUCCGAAUGAACUGUCCGCGGCUACACGCGGCAGUUUAAAGUUAAUCCGAACUAAGUCCUUAGUUUGGAUUAACUGUUACUCUUCAUUCCACGAUUUAAAAAUUCAUGGGGGAUUUUAAAAUGGUGGCCAGAUGGGAACAUGCAAAUAAAGCCUGGGAUUUUUAAAUCCCGGGCUUCAUUUGUAACCCCGGUUCCCUGAUUUGCCUGCCUAGCUCGAAUUAACAAGCUAGUGUAGACAUACCUUAAAAGACUUAGAUGGGAUUCUCAAAAGCACAGUGAAUCAGUUGAUUCUGUCCCUGUUGAAAUCAGUGGGAAUUUUUCUAUAGCUGUCAGUGGAAUCGAUAAGGCCAAUAUUGAGCAUUUUUGACAAUCCCGCCUUUGGCCUUUAUGAGCUGCUUAAUGGAGCUAUGCUGGCUUUUUACACCAAUACCAGAGCAAAUGCACCUGGCUUUGUUUAGCUUCGGAUGUGAGCACCAAACUAUCCAAGCUGCCAAAAAUCUCACAGAUGACUUGGAACUGCCCAAGACCUUUUCUUACACCUAAUAAGCUAUGAAUUCCCCUUACCUGUAAGUGUCUUCUGGGCAGAUCAAUGACCUACCCUUUUCCAGGAAAAAGGCAGCUGACAGUCCGUUUAUCCCCACAUCUCUUGGGAGUGGGCAUCUUACCACGCUGAUCCUGAUCAGCUGGGUCAGCACAUUCUGCUCAGGUUCUAUUGCUGCUGUUACUUAUAAAGUCUUUUGCUUUGGUCUGCUGCUGACCUGCCCAUGAUGAUAGAUAGACCAAUGGCUACUGUUGGCCAUUGCCUCUCUUUAUUUUUCAACAAAAACCCUUAAAAUAAGGGAGGAAUGUGCUGGAAAACUCAUUAUGAAAUUGGUGUGUUUGUAAGGGGUUGUCAAGUUUUCUUUUAAUGCUUUAAAUCCCAGUCCCACAGAAAUUAUUUUUUGCUUUUGUUUUCAAGAGGGCCAGGAUUUACCUUGGAUUUUGAUGCAAAUAUAAAAAUUGUGAUUGGGGGGAGAAGGUCACAGAUUAACUCACUUGUUUUGUUUGACUGGAACCAUGCAAACCAAAACAGCCACAUUGUAUACAAUUCUGUUGCACAGCUUGUUUUUAACUACCCGCACAGCUUGGUUUUAAUUGCUGAAUGUGCUUCAUAAACAGUUUAGUAAAGCUAAUAUCACUGUGAAAAGGGACAACAUUCAUAGUUUUAACUGAACAGGAAAAAAGUACAAAGUCUGCUUUUAUGGCUAGAGGCUGAUGUUUACAAUUAAGACAUCAGGUGUAGACUAUGAUCCCUUCUGUAUAUUGUAAAUAGUCAUCUGUGUAACUGAAGUGCAGCUUGGUCUAUAUUGUGUAUAUACAAAUACAUUUUUCAAAGGAGGAAUAAAUCCUAAUGCUUCAGGGCAUAAAUCAACAGCUAAUUGAUGGUAAUUAAGAAGAAACUUCCUCCUGUAAGCAAGUUAUUCCAUCUUUGCCUGUUAUGGGGUUUCUUGCACUUUUGUCUGAAGCAUAUAGUCCUGGGUGCUUGUCUCAUAUGGAAUUUCCUAGGUUUAUAUGUUUAUAAAACAAAUCUGCAUUUUAUUUCAUUGCAUACAAAUAAAAAUACA